CCUCUAAACAGUAAUUACAUUCCGCUGUAUACUUGUAGCUAGACAGACGCAGGGCGCCAUUAAACUCUGUCAGAAAUCAGAGACGGAAAAUGCCGCAAAUAUUUUUAAAACAAGAAAAUCCGCGGUUUUUACAAAACUGUCGGAAAUUCAUAAAUUCUUGAAUGUAAAAAAAUGUCUUCUGGGUCUCGAACUUGGAUUCUAAUGCCCUGGAAAAUAUUCUGUAUGGAUUUAAAACGUUGGGAGCCUAUCGUGCUUCGAAUAAGUGAGGAGGAGAACCUCGUGAACGUGUACAAGGAGAAAGACAGUCCUCUUCUACAGGAGAUUAAACCUAUUCUAACUAUAAACCUAUUUGGAGCAGUUUGUAAGAAGGGAGGAACGGAACGAGGGUUUGAUGAUUGUUGUUCUCUUGAUGAGGAAACCUUAUUUACUAUUAUCACCAGGGAGGAGAAGGAGGAAGAGUUCUUCUUCUGUACUCGACAUCAGCAGGACAGAGAUGAAACUGUUCUACUUCUCAAUAAAUCCAUCUCACAGUUGAAACCAGAUAUAUCCUUGAACUCAGACAUGCCUAAGAUCGAGCCUUCUCCGUGUCUACCCAAUACAACUCCCAACCUGGAGCUAGGCUGGGAGAAUCAUCUAUCCCGGAGUAUAUCUCCGGACCUGGAUAUGCUAGAGUUUGAUUAUGAUCUCAUGUACUCAGAGAUCAACCCUCUCACCUGUAACAAGGAGAAGAACAGUAGCGUGGUUGGAUCUGUGGUUGCUCAGCUCCUGAAAACUAUGAACCCGUCCAGAGUUCGUCUCCCAACCUGUGUUCUAGAAUGUAGAUCCCUCCUAGAGAGCUAUGCGGAUGGGUUUGGAGCAACAAAAUAUUUUACCUCUAUCGGACUAGAGCAGGACGGAUCUGCGAGGUUGCUUGCUGUUCUCCGGUUUUAUAUCUCUACUCUGAAGUGUACCCGUCCCAUAGAUUCUCCGUGUAAACCUUACAAUCCUAUCCUUGGAGAGUUCUUUACUUGUUCCUGGCAGAUUCAUGGGGGUUCCGAGGAGAAUGAUCAAGUCAAGUUCUUUGCUGAACAAUUAAGUCAUCAUCCUCCUGUAACAGCCUCCUAUGCAGAGCACUCCAAUACUAGAGUAACCUACACCAGUCUUAUUCAUACUAAGUCUGGUUUAAGGAAAACAUGGAAACCUCCUUUCCUUGAAAGCCUACUUGUGGAACAUGUAGGAGAGGCAAGCUUAAAGGUUCUGGAAUACAAUGAGGAAUACAUCAUGACCUUUCCUAAUGCAGUUGUCUCAUCAGUUCUUAGAUCUCCCCAGCUGAUGUUAGAGGGCUCAGUUAAAAUAAACUGUGUAGAAACUGGGUGUUCGGCAGAGUUAACAUUUACAGAUAAAUUUCAAGUAAAGGGUAGAACAAGAGGACUAGAUCAAGAUAUAGAAUUCAAUGGACUCUGGAACCAAGUUGUCUAUAUUCUAAACGAGGAUAAGGGUUCAGCUCCAGUACCUCUGAUUAAUAUGGAGUCCUGGACAGGACCUGAACUGAACAAGGUUGUUUCUCCUCUUGCAACCCAGAAACUGAACGAGUCCAGGAGAUUAUGGCGCCACGUGACCCGCGCACUUGCCGGUUAUCCUUCCGGUUUAUCAGGCGACGAGGCUAAAUAUCAAAUAGAGGUCGCGGCAAGGAAGCGCAGUCAAGAAAUGGCCGCACAGAAGACGACUUGGAAACCAGAGUUCUUUCAAGGAGAUCUUAAUUCAAGAAUGAAGUUUAAAUUUGAAAUGAACUAAUCAUGUUUAUUGUUUGUUAUUGUUUUUUUAUCACUCUUUAAAAGAGUAUGAUAUAUAUAUAAAUAUCUGUAUUAAAUGUUAACUUAUUAUUAAGAUAUCUUAAUAUUAAACAAAGGUUAUCUUUGUAAUCCUAUUAUAUCAGGAAUUGAAAAUAAACAAAAAUAAGUCA